UGGUGUCCGCGUCCGUGACUGAGCCGCACGCACCGCCGUCAGUCUGAGGCUGGAGCUGAGCGUGGUCAGGAUCUGUGGUUUGUGAGCGCGGUCCUCCUGCAGCGCGUUUCUCUGGAGGCUCUUCACAGACGGAAGCCGCAGACUCGCCGCAACAGGUCAGGAGGAGGAAUCUGAGAGCAGAUGCGACAGGAGGCGCAGCGGAGGACGCUCUGACGCGCUGACGGUGCGAGCUGCGGCGGUGCGGCGGAGCAGAGAGCGGCCAGCAUGAUGCCGAUGUUCCUCACUGUGUACCUCGGCAACAAUGACCAGCACUUCAGCGAGGUCCCCGUCACACCAGAGACGCUGUGCAGAGAUGUGGUGGAGCUCUGCAAGGAGCCUGGUGAGACUGACUGCUACCUGGCUGAGAUAUGGAGAGGCUCAGAACGUGUUGUUGGAGAGGGGGAGCGGAUGCUGGAGGUGUUGCAGCGAUUGGGACAGCAGAGGGGGGAGGUGCGUUAUCUCCUGCGUCACCAAAGAGCCCCUGGACGAGAAUCGGUUGGAUCAAAGGCUGGAGAUCAGAUGAUGAAGAGGAACCAGAUGAAAGCAUCUCUGGAAAGAUGUCUGGACAAUGGGGUUUCAGCUCCUCGUCUGGACAUGACGCUGAGUGAACUGCAUGACCUGGCAGCCCGACAGCAGCAGCAGAUCAGUGCCCAGCAGCAGCUGUUGGCCUCCAAGGAGCAACAGCUACAGUUCCUGAAGCUGCAGGAUCACCGGCAGCAGCAGCAGGAGGCGUCUGAACAGGAGCGGCUGCGACAGCUGCGAGAGAACGCGCACAACCAGGAGGCCAAACUGCGACGAGUCCGGGCCCUAAGGGGUCAGGUGGAACAGAAACGCCUCAGUAACAGCAAACUAGUGGAGGAGAUUGAGCAGAUGACCAGCCUCUUUCAUCAGAAGCAGACAGAGCUGCUGGUGGCUGUGGCGAGGGUGGAGGAGCUGAGCGACCAGCUGGAGGCACUGAGGAGCAACAGUCUGGAGCCUCCUCUUCCUUUUCUUCCUCACCAGCACACCAUCUCUUCUACAGCUGAGCUGGAACGCCUCUACAAAGAACUGCAGCUAAGAAACAAGCUGAACCAGGAUCAGAGCACCAGGCUGAAGCAGCAGAGGGAGAGCCUGAACAAGAGGAACUUGGAAGUGGUUUCGAUGGACCGUCGGCUGGCUGAGCUCCGGGAGCGGCUGUGGAAGAAAAAAGCUGCUCUGCAGCAGAAUGAGAACCAGCCAGUGGCUUCAGACAGCACAGCCCCACAACAUGGCAUGGGCUCCAGAGUGGCAGCGGUGGGGCCGUACAUCCAGUCGUCCUCCACAUCAAGCUCUCAGGGGCCUCCAGUGCCGACCCGCCAGGAGAUUCUGGUGAAGCCGGCAUACCCAGAUGGCACUGCCACCCUGCCCAUGCCCGACUCAUCACUGAAGCCGCCUCCAAGGCCGGUCAAACCAGCCUCAGGUUUUAACACCUCAAAACCAAGCAAACUCUCUGACUGGGACAGCUCAUUUUCUGAAUCCAGUGGGGAUUACGAGCAUGCCUCCACUCUGCCUCGCAUGUCCAACCUAAGCCGCCGCGAUUCAGGUGGUGAGAGUGCCACAGAUAUGAAGGGCUACUCUGGGUCUGACAUCCCGCCUCCUAUACCCGCACGAUCCGGUCGCUUCACUGAGAACCUGCUAAGGGACAAUCAGGCCUCAAGCAAAAGUCUGUCCAAGCUGACAGCACCACCUCCAGUUCCCAGUAAGCCUAAAUCUUUCUCCUCUUCUGGCCCGUCAGCUUUCUCCAAACCCCCCUAUAGCACGGGCACCUUCCCUGGUAAGGUGAAGCCAGUUGGGGGCCUCCUCAGGGCUCCAGGAAUUCUCUCCAGCCACAGCAACACCCUCCCUUUGCCCAACAAACAGGAGAGUCCUCCAGCUGCUGCUGUGCGACCCUACACCCCAGACCCCUCUGAUGGUCCCCCUCCUGUGCUGCAGAAACCUCAGACACUGGCGGCUUCAUCGAUCUACUCGAUGUACACUCAGCAGGCUACGCCAGGGAAAGGCUACCAACCCAGCAGUCAGGGAACACUGCCCCGGAGCCAGCCCCGAGUGUAUGGAAAACCGGUCCUCCCAGCCAGCAGCAAGCAGCAGUCGAUCAGCUCCGAAAACAAUUCCUUCAGUUCUGGGUUUUGUGGACCUGACGGAAGUGAGGCUGACAGUAGUUGCCCAGGUAACAGUGAAGGCAUCGGAGGAGAAACGGUGGAAGGCAGCGUCCCUCGCCCGCUCAGCCCCACCAAGCUCCUCCCCUUCUUAUCAAACCCUCACCGGAACCCCAGCGAUGCUGAUCUGGAGGCUCUCCGCCGCCGGCUGCACCACGCACCACGUCCCCUGAAGAAACGCAACUCAAUCACAGAGCCUGAAGGCCCAGCAGGACCCAACAUCCAGAAACUGCUGUACCAGAAAACCACUCUGGCUGCCAUGGAAACCAUCCCCAUGGAGACAGUUGGUACAGCAGGGAUGUACAUGCAACCCACAGUUCAUGAGGACAGGAUGGGUGGCACAGAUGUAGCAGCCAGGGCUGAGAACGAAAGUGGAUCUGGCCUGAAAGAGCCACUCGCUGAGAGCCCCGAGGAAAGUUUGACCCCGCCCCCACUACCCCCUCGUUCACGCAUCUCCGACCCCACUUCCUGCCACUCCAUGCCACCCCCACUGGAGGGCAAGGAGAAGGAGGAAGAAGUGUGUCCAUCAACCUUAGCUCACCAGGAACAGUUUCUAGAGGAGUUCCCUCCUUACCCACCCCCACCUUAUCCCAGCUGUGGGGAUUUGGAGCAGGGAGAUGAUGCUGUUAACCUGCACCCACCAGAGGUCACAGGACAGGUCACAGUGCCGCUGGGUAAGAAAUCAAUCCUCCGUAAAGCUGGCUCAGAGCGGACCAACCACAAUCUGCGGGUCAAGUUCAAUCCUUUGGCCCUGCUGCUGGACUCAUCUCUGGAGGGCGAGUACGACCUUCUCCAGAGGAUUAUCUACGAUGUGGAGGACCCUAGUAUGCCGAACGACGAGGGCAUCACGGCACUGCACAACGCUGUCUGUACUGGCCACACUGAGAUUGUCAAGUUUUUGGUUCAGUUUGGUGUCAAUGUUAAUGCUGCCGACAGUGACGGCUGGACGCCCCUUCACUGUGCUGCGUCCUGUAACAACGUUCAGAUCUGUAAGUUCCUUGUCGAGUCUGGGGCAGCUGUAUUUGCCACGACAUACAGUGACAUGCAGACAGCUGCUGACAAGUGUGAGGAGAUGGAAGAUGGAUAUGCCCAGUGCUCCCAGUUCCUCUAUGGUGUUCAGGAGAAGAUGGGUGUGAUGAACCACGGUGUGGUGUACGCCCUGUGGGACUACGACUCUCAGAGUGACGACGAGCUCGGAUUCAGCGAGGGCGACUGCAUGACGGUGCUGAGGCGGGAGGACGAGGUGGAAACUGAGUGGUGGUGGGCACGGUGCGGUGACCGCGAGGGAUACAUCCCCCGAAACUUUCUGGGGCUCUAUCUGAGGAUCAAGCCCAGGCAAAGGAGCCUGGCUUAACAGACGGCUCGUAUCUCCUUUGGAGGAAUAAACUGUUUCCACAAGAGAGGAGCAGCGCAGGAAAAAAAAAAAUGUUAAUGUUGCUGAUUUUUAAAAAAUAAAUUUUAAAAAAGAA